UUACCAAGGUAAUGCCGACAUCGAGCCAGGCGCUCAUACUUAAGAAAGGCGUACUGACGGAGGAUGAAGUGCGACCGACGUCGUCGGGACAUUGGCCGGGAUCUCAGUGCUCUGUGCCGACAGGUGUGAGAUCAGGUCCCCAGUACGCGUUCCGUACCCCGGUCCACUGCAGCAUCGUGACCGUCUACAACUUUGGGCAGGGGCCGGUGGGCGGGGGAGAGACAACCGGACCCCGACGCUAUGCACGCCCUUGGGCGCGAGUCUGCGCAGCUCUUCAAGCAUCAACCGCUACCGAGGGGUUACACCAGCAUCCUCGCAUUCGACCCAGACUCGAAAUCUUAUCAGUGGCGUGCGCAGGGCGGGUCUGGUUCCUCCAUGGAAGUUGAUAAAGUGGACAGCCGGCCCACUUCCGGUCGGUGUCGGCCCUUUACCGCCGGGCCAGACAGAUCGUUCAUCUCUGCAAAUGUAAAUGGUCGGUAAUUGAAUACAGCCCGUCUUAUAGAACAUCAUACGAUACAUAUUUUAGCCCUGGGAAA